AAGAGGGGGAGGAGGACAAGGGGGAGGCAACCGCUAUCUUUUUUUUCUUCUUCUUCUUCUUCUUUUCUCUUUUUUUCCAUUUAUACCAACGGGCACAACUGGCCCAGGCGUGUUAACAGACCGGUCCAACUUGAAUUGUAUUUUUCUCCUUUGAAUUAAGUAGCCUGCCUCUUUAAAACGCAUUAAACCCUAAACAGUCGGCGAUUUCUUGGUCUCUCACCACUACAGGCUUUACAUAAUCGGGUUUGGACGACUUGUGGUAGCCUUUGACAUCGAAGAGGAGAAAAUAAAUAUGUCGGCGAGUCAAUAAACCCAUCAUGGAUAGCCUACAGGUCGUCCUCAUCCAAGGAAUGGGAUUUGUUCUGCUUAAAGCGACAUGGUCGAAGGACGGAACCCAGAGGUGAGUUAGGGGCGAAAAAAAAAAACUGCUUCGAAAACAGCCAUUUUUCCUUACAAAGGCGAGCUAUUUAAGAAGGGCAGCCACAGAAAUAAAGAAGGCUUAAAAGAUAAUAUGCACUCGGACGCAGGAGAGGCAGGAUGUGGCAUCACCCUCCGCUCUGAGCGAGCGCGGCCAGUGUCGAGCUGUUAGGGACAACCGGUGGUCGCUUCAUCCAGCCUCCCACCUUCCCGUAGCAGCUAUUUUUCCCUCCAUAUGCUCACCAAAUAUUUUACAUUUUUUCCCCGUUUUCAAGUGCCUGUCUCUGCCCCCGACUCCUCUCUUUGACUCCUCGAGUCUGGAAGUUAGAGAGAUUAAAGGGUGACUCUACAAAAAAAUAAAUAAAUAAACAAACAAGAAAAAAAAGAAGAAGAAGAAGAAGCGGAGGAGAGGAGGAUUAAGGCACCCCAGGAGCCGCCUAUAUGAAGAUGCUGAUGUGCGACCGCGGCGUCCAGAUGCUCGUGACGACGGUGGGCGCGUUCGCCGCCUUCAGCCUCAUGACCAUCGCCGUCGGUACGGACUACUGGCUGUACUCGCGCGGGGUCUGCCGCGUGAAGAGCAGCGGCGACAACGACACGAGCCGCAAGAAUGAGGAGGUGAUGACGCACUCCGGCCUCUGGCGAACCUGCUGUCUGGAAGGAACAUUCAGAGGCGUGUGUAAGAAGAUUGAUCACUUUCCAGAGGAUGCUGACUAUGAGGCGGAUGCUGCUGAAUACCUCCUACGUGCCGUCCGCGCCUCCAGUAUCUUCCCCAUCAUGAGCGUCGGUCUGUUGUUUCUGGGGGGGCUUUGUGUGGCCGCCAGUGAGUUUUACCGGAGCAGACACAAUGUCAUCCUCAGCGCGGGAAUCUUCUUCGUAUCUGCAGGCCUCAGUAACAUUAUUGGGAUUAUUGUCUACAUCUCAGCCAAUUCUGGAGACCCCGGUCAGAGUGACAGCAAGAAGUCCUACUCGUACGGCUGGUCCUUCUACUUUGGCGCCCUCUCCUUCAUCAUGGCCGAAAUGGUGGGGGUGCUGGCGGUGCACAUGUUCAUCGAGAAGCACCGCAAGCUGCGCGCCAAGUCCCGCACCGAGCUCAUAAAGAAGUCUGCUUUCAGCCGCAUCCCCUCCUACCGCUACCGAUUCCGGCGCCGCUCCAGCAUGCGCUCCUCCGAGGCCCCCAGCCGAGACGCGUCGCCGCUGGGGAAGGGCGGCUACACGGGGCCGGCCGCCUCCGAGAUGCCCAUGUACACGCUGAACCCGAGAGAAGCGGGCAACGCGGGCGGCAAACCAGGCGGAGGCAUGGGCGGGCUGCUCAACUCGGAGAGGGAGUUCCUGCAGAGCAGCACGCUCACUAAAGACUACAACAAGGACCCCAACCGCAGGACCACGCCAGUCUGAGGGAAUCUGGCUGUAGAUAUCACCCAAAUCAGAGUAUCAACGAGAAGGAGGGGGAAUGCAGUGGAAAUCCAACCAAACAAAAGGAAAUAUGAGGGGUUAUGGGGUCAGGAAAGGGGUUUGAUUAACUCUGACUGUGAGCUGUGAACUUUUUAGCCUUUGAACUGUGAAUCAUUUGCCCUCUGAGAGUUUCUCAGCGUGUAGCACGGUCGGUUUUGAUGGAGAAGUUGUUCCCGACUCCACAUAUACCUGAAAUACUCAAAUAAUUAAAUCCAUAACUACGACAAUUGCAGUUUGAGGUCCUGGUCAUGUUCCUUAAUCUGACUUUCUGGCACAUUUCUAAGGAGAAGAAAAGACAGAUAAAUACUCGUACUUGUUUGGAGCAACUUCUCCUGACGAAACACCACUAAUGUGAAAUAGAGAAGACGGAAAAGAAGAGAGAAUCAGUGUGAGCUUCGAUCUUUAGACCUCUCUCCUCCUGUCCUUUUGGGUAGAAGUAGAGCUGGAUUAAUGAAGGGAACAGUUAACUUUCCAAACAUGAUAUUUAAUCUUGAGAAAGUUAACCCUAUCGCGAGGCUUGAUUCAGUCUUGGUUCUGCUGAUUUCAGAAAAGAAAAGAGAACUUGUGGCAUUAACAUUUGUUGAAUUGUUUAUGUCUACAUUUGUUUACUUGUUUCAUACGAACUGACUUCUAAUCGGAGCUGAAACUGAAUUGGGCUGAUCCCGCUUCGCCAACGCUGGCUGCAGAUCAGCUGCUGGAGGGAGUUGAGUAGAAAAGGCGACUCAGCAAACGUUCGAUUCGUUGGUGCUUCCUCUCAACUGUGUUUUUUCUGCCACUUCUCGAUUUAUUUUUUACCUAAGGACGACCAGAUAUCUGUCUGUUUGCCUUCACAAAUCACCUCUCGCCUUCCAUGUUUUAUCCGUGUAGCCCCAUGCUUCACCUUCACUGACACCCUCUCCGCACAUCCUCUCGCCCUACCUUCCCUGCACUUAAAGCAACAGUAGAUUUAGCUUCUGUCUUCCUCGUAGAGUGGUUAGGUUUUCUGGACGUUAUCAUUUCAGGGUAAAGUGAGGGAUGGAGUCAGUGUAAGGGAGACCGCUGAGCUGUGAAACAUACAUUAAGUCAGUCCCAAAAAAAAAAAAAAAAAAAAAAA